AGUUAAAAUAUAUGCUGAUCUAAACAGAAGCAAGAAAAAAGGUGUUAUGGAGAGCGCUUUUAAUCCUACUCAAUACGAUGAUACCCACGCAGAUGGACUUCUACAAAAUAGUGUGAUGAAACAGCCGAGACGUAUGACAAUCGUUUCUGUAAGACGAAAGAAAAGAACAACAAAAGAUACGAGCUUCAAAGUAUUGCUAUCAAUAACAAUCAUACUUUUCCUCUUUCUGAUCGGAUUGGUAAUCAUCACUAUUUUUUUGAAAAAGAAUAGUGACGGUGAUUCAGGUAAUGAUCCCAUCGGACGAGAAGCUUUUAUAUCUCAAUUACCCGAUUCGGACCACGUUUGUGUGAAAACAUGUGCGCAAGUAAGCGAAGGUAAAAUUCCUGACACUCCCGUUGGAAUGGCGAGUAGUGGCGCAAUGACUAACUUAUCUCUCGGCUAUGAUGAAGAUAAAGCAAAUAUUGAAGUAUACUGCGACUGCAGUACAGAUGAAUCGUGGAUGGUGUUUCAGAGACGAAUGAACGGCUCGGAAAACUUUUAUCGAAAUUGGACAGAUUACAAAAAUGGAUUUGGGGAAAUUGAUGGAGAAUUUUGGCUUGGAUUGGAAGUGAUCAACAACCUAACGUCCAAAGGCGAUUACAAACUUCGAAUUGAUUUGGGAACAAAAAACGAAUCUGUAUAUGCUGAAUACGACUCUUUUCUAGUGGGCAACGAAUCAACUAUGUAUUCUUUGAGUGUGGAAGGUUAUCGUGGCAACGCGGGUGACUCCUUUUCUUAUCAUAAUGGCGCACCUUUCUCAACUGCUUAUCCUGAGCUGGAUAUACCCAAUCACGCGUGCGCAAGAUACUUCAGAGGAGGCUGGUGGUAUUAUGACUGUUAUCAUGCUCAUUUAAAUGGACCAUGGUUUCCCGAUGGCGCUGUUGUUUCGAAUGAUGGUAUAAUUUGGGAAACUUGGAUGGGCUGGGAUUAUUCUUUGAUACGAGCUGAAAUGAAGCUAAAAAGUACGGGUAUGCAAUCUGUCACAGUUGACUACCGGUACCGCAGUCUUCACGACUUCGCCCGACCGCGAAUGCGGAACCGCCACAGGGUGCGCAAUUUUUAAUUUGAUGACUUCAUCGCAGAAAAAAAGCGAAUUCCAUGAAGACCACGAAAAUUUUUGAAAUAAAUAAAAGUAAUAGCCCUCUGCCCCUCUAGCAAAAAAUACAAUCUUCAACAACUGAAAAUUUUAAAGCAAAAGGCAAUUUUUUUCACAACCCAUGAAUUCUAACAACAACAUAAGAACAAAAACGCUCUGUAUGUCCACUCCGGGUCAACUAAUGGUCUCAUCGUUUUAAAUCCUCAUUUUCUAUCGUGCUAUUGUCCAAGAAUGUGUGCUCUGAACCGUGGCUGUGAAGUUGGAGAAAAUUUCAAGUCGAUUCUGGCUUACGAGUUGAAAAACAUUUUGCUUUUACCUCCGGGUUAAGAAAAAUUUUGACUCCGACCUCAGCUCGAACUCUGAGAAAAUCAAAUUUUAUUAUUGAAAACUGGGACAUAUGCGUGCCUUUUUUUUUAACAAACUGUUAAGAUUAGGCCUACUCAGUAAACGUAAUGUUUUUUUUGUAUGAAUUUCGACUAAUUUUAUUGCCAUUGAAUGUUAACAUUCUGAAUCCGGAAAGUUUGAAAAUACGACUCCGGUAAAACAUGCCCAACUCCGGCUUUGCAGCCUGUUUUUAAUGACUGGGUAUCUAUCUCUACGUACUUCUGAAUAUUAUAACCUUUUUGGGACCUCCUGGAGUAUGCGCACCAAGAUGGCGCACAACCUGAACUCAGGUUGUAUACCAGGUUAGGGUUCAGGUUGUGCGACAUCUUGGUGCGCAUACUUCAGGAGUACCCCGUUUUGUUUGUGUAGUGUAACAGGGAAUAUUAUUGACCCUCUACAGUCUACUACGUCGAAAGCAUUUCAAUGUUAACUGGGACCAAAUAUCCAUCUCUAUUUCUAAGAAUCAGAUCGACGAAUCAUCCAUCAUAUUGCGUGCACAUAAUUUUGUGGUGUCACGUCACAUUUCUAUUGCUGAUAUGCAUAUGAAAGAAACUAAAGUCGGUUGGUUGAUUUUGUGUUUGUGUGGUGCGCAUCCGUAAUCACAAUAUGUUCCUGGGUCAAAAAGAUUGUUAACAAAAGUGCUAUGCUCAAAUAAAUUG